AGGAGCCGGGACGUGCCGGGGUGACGUGGACGGGGGCCGGGACUCGGGGGCCGGGACGUCCAGCCCGGUCCAGCUGCAGAGGAGACGCGAGCACGUCCCGUAGUUCACGGUCUACCAUGCUGCCCAGACUCCCUCUCUUUCUCUUGGUUUGUGUGCAAGCUGUCUUUGUGCAGGGGGGCACAACCGGUUCGUCCAAGAGCCCCGCUGACCCAGGGACCCCAGCACCUCGACCGCCUUCCCCUCUGGGCGACCCGAGCUGGGCUCUGGGUCUGCGUAUGUACAAGGCCAUCCGCUCCAACUCAAAGUCGCCAAACACCAUUUUCUCCCCUCUCCUCUUGGCAUCCUCGCUCGGAGCCCUGGUGGAAGGUUCUUCGGGUACCACUGCCACCCAAAUCCAAGACCUCCUCAAGCCACAAUCCCCUCCCGAGGCAGGAGAAAAGGUUGGGGGGGUUCUGACUGGGGCGCUGAAGAGCUUCACCGAGGCAAACGGAACCAGCUUUCACCUGCACGCUUCCUCGGCAGUGUUCACGAAGCAGGUCCCGGCCGUCAGCCCGGCCUUUGUAAAGGAGAGCCAGACCAGGUUUGGGCUGCAGCACCAGACACUCGGGGAAGGAGACUCCACGGCCGACCUGAGACAGCUGCACCAAUGGGCGAAGGGGGACGGAGCUCCUCUGGAGGCAGACAUCAAGGCAAAAGCUGGAGCCCUCAUCCUGGCAAAUGCUGUCCACUUUAAAGGGCUGUGGGAGAGAGAGUUCAGCGAGGACAGCGUGGACCGCCGGGCCUUCCUGGGGAAGACGUACACCAAAGUGGUGAUGAUGCACAGAGCAGGUUUGUACCGCUUCCACGAAGACGUUGAGAAUAUGGUGCAGGUUCUGGAGGCACCUCUGUGGGGGGGCAAGGCCAGCCUGGUGCUCCUGCUGCCCUUCCAUGUGGAAAAUCUGGCCCGCUUGGACAAGCUGCUGACCCUGGACCUGCUGUCCAAGUGGCUGCAGAGGGCCGCCGUGAGCAGCGUGGCCAUCUCCAUGCCCGUGGCCAACGUCAGCAGCGCGCUCAGCCUGCAGGAGCAGUUGUCUGCUCUGGGCUUGACCGAUGCCUGGGACCAGGCGGUGGCCGACUUCUCCAGGGUGUGGGACGGGAGCGAGGGGGCCCUUCACCGUGGCGUCCUCCAGUGGACGUCCCUGGAGCUGGCCGCUCGCGCAGGGACACAGGACGCAGAACCGGAGGAGGAGGAGGUCGCGGAAAGGCCCAAGGUGUUUUACGCCGAUCACCCGUUCGUGAUCUGUGUCAGGGACAACGCCAGUGGAGCCCUGCUGCUCAUAGGAGCUCUGGAGCACGUCGAGGGAACGGCCUUACACGACGAGCUGUAACCUUUAUUUUGAUCAGUCUUUUUAGUAGUUUUGUAUCAUUAUAACAGGACCAUACAGUCAAACAGAAAAGAGAAACAAAAA